CACCUACAUACGUGGCAAGAGCGGGAGCAGGGCGAGUGGGGCCUGGCCGCCUGGGGGCCAAAAGCACCCAAAGGAUAGGAAAAAAAAAUCGAGAUUCUUGCCUUGCCUUGCCUUGCAAUUGCAUUGCCUAUCCCUCCAUUAAAGACAAGGGAGGCAGCCAAAAGGUGACGGCACCACUAACCAAGCCAGCACCAGCGGAACUGUGCUGUGCAAGCACUCAGCUUCGCCUCCAUUCCGCUCACUUCCCGCGGCCACUCCGCUCCCCAAACCCUAACGCCCUCGAGCGGAGCGAUCUCUUUGCUUCGCCAGUGCCGCGCCCGGGCAUGCCGCCGCCACUGGGUGGCGCGGUCAAGGCCGACUGAUCCGUGCGCUUGGGAGCCGCCACCGCCGCCGCCGCCGCCGCUGCCAUUCCUCCCUCGGUGCCCACUGGGGUGGAGCGGAGACUGGAGAUUCUGCCGUCUGUCGCAAGUCACACACUAGGUUUCUCGGGCGCUGACAUUGUUGGAAGAUGUGGAGGAUCAAGCUCGCCUGUUUGCUUCUUAUCUUUGUGCAAGUGCAACGAGUGGUCCUUGGAACACAUGACGUGUACAUCGUGGUGAUGGAAGGGGAUCCGGUUGUGAGCUACCGAGGUGGCGUUGACGGAUUUCCGGCAACUGCUGUGGAUUUGGACGAGGAAAUGGACGUUACCAGUGAAGCUGUUACAUCGUAUGCCCUCCACCUCCGAGGGCACCAUGACAAGCUCCUAGACUCACAUUUAGUAGAAGGAACGUAUGAGAAGCUUUAUAGCUACCACCAUCUUAUCAAUGGCUUUGCAGUUCACAUGUCGUCACUGCAGGCUGAGUUCUUGAGGAAAGCGCCAGGAGUUAAGCAUGUUGAGAGAGACAUGAAGGUACAGAAAUUGACUACACACACCCCUCAGUUUCUCGGAUUGCCAACUGGGGUAUGGCCAACAGGAGGUGGACUUGAUAGAGCUGGUGAAGAUGUUGUGAUCGGUUUUGUGGAUUCUGGAAUUUACCCCCAACAUCCGAGCUUCGCGGCGCACAAGACUGAUCGAUAUGGUCCUGUCCCUCGUUAUAAAGGAAAAUGCGAGAAGGAUCUAGUAACACAAAGAAGCUUUUGUAAUGGGAAGAUAGUUGGGGCUCAGCAUUUUGCAAAAGCUGCAAUGGCUGCUGCCACACAGCUGCAAUUGCUGCUGGAAACAAUGGGAUUCCGGUGCGAAUGCAUGGUCACGAGUUUGGCAAAGCAAGUGGCAUGGCCCCACGUGCUAGCUGUCUACAAGGUUCUUUACAGGCUUUUCGGUGGUUAUGUGGCUGAUGUUGUGGCAGCUAUUGAUCAGGCUGUUCAGGAUGGUGUUGACAUUCUCAACCUUUCUGUUGGACCCAAUAGCCCACCAACAGCUACAAGGACUACUUUUUUGAAUCCUUUUGACGCUGCACUUCUUUCUGCUGUGAAAGCUGGGGUAUUUGUUGCCCAAGCUGCAGGAAAUGGCGGACCAUUUCCAAAAACACUGGUGUCUUUCAGCCCAUGGAUAACCACUGUUGCUGCUGGAGUUGAUGACCGCAGAUACAAGAAUCAUUUAACACUAGGAAAUGGAAAACUUAUUUCUGGACUUGGAGUAUCUCCUGCAACACAUGGGAAUAUGUCGUUUAGCCUGAUUUCUGCAGCUGAUGCUCUUCUGGGCUCAUCUGCAAGCAAGUACAGUGCAUUAGACUGUCAGAGGCCAGAACUAUUGAAUAAGAGGAAAGUUCAGGGAAAAAUUCUUUUGUGUGGCUAUUCAUUCAAUUACAUUUCUGGGACAGCCUCAAUAAAGAAAGUGUCUCAGACGGCCAGGAGUCUCGGCGCAGCUGGCUUUGUUGUUGCUGUGGAGAAUAGUUACCCAGGAACAAAAUUUGACCCUGUACCAGUCAGCAUCCCUGGAAUUCUCAUCACAGAUGUCAGCAAAACCGAGGAUCUUAUAGACUACUACAAUUCUUCCACCGUAAGAGAUUGGGCUGGAAGGGCUACAGCCUUUAAAGCAACAGCCGGUAUUGCAGAUGGUUUGGCACCAACACUAUACAAUUCAGCUCCCCAGGUUGCGCUGUUCUCUUCUCGAGGACCUGAUGUGAAAGAUUUUAGCUUUCAAGAUGCUGAUGUCCUUAAACCAGACAUACUUGCUCCUGGCAAUCUCAUAUGGGCUGCAUGGGCGCCUAAUGGAACAGAUGAAUCAAAUUAUGCUGGUGAAGGAUUUGCAAUGGUUUCUGGAACUAGCAUGGCUGCGCCGCAUAUUGCUGGCAUUGCAGCACUGAUAAAGCAGAAGAACCCAAAGUGGAGCCCCUCAGCAAUAAAAUCUGCCCUGAUGACAACGGCCAAUACACUGGACAAAGGGAGCCAUCCUCUUAGAGCGCAGCAGUACACCGCAUCAGAAAUGAUGACACUUUCACGGGCCACACCGUUCGAUUGUGGCAGUGGCGCUGUUAACCCAAAAGGCGCCCUCGAUCCUGGCCUUGUUCUAGACGCAAGCCAUGAAGACUACAUCACGUUUCUGUGCUCGAUCCCCGACGUCAACCAGAGCGAAGUAUCAAACAUAGCCGGCUCGGCUUGCAACUCCAACUCCAAGGGACAACGCCCCUUCGACCUCAACAUCCCCUCGAUCGCCGUCUCUCAGCUUCGAGGCACGGUGGUAGUGAAGCGGACCGUCACGAGCGUGUCCGACGAAACCGAGACCUACACCAUCAUGACAAGGAUGCCGCCAGAGGUCGCCCUGGAGGUGACGCCUCCGGCGGUGACCGUGGUCCCCGGAGCAUCACGAGAGAUAACUGUGACCCUGACGGCGAGGUCCGUGACCGGCACCUACAGUUUCGGUGAGAUUGCCAUGAAAGGUGACCGCGGUCACCUCGUCAGAAUCCCAGUCGUAGCUAUGGGAUUCAAGUAGGUAGAAGACGACUGUGACAUCUCCUAGGGAGUAGAGGAUAGGAAGAGCGAGUUGUGCCUCUGUAAUCUGAGGUCUUGAGCUGCAGAGGAACGUUGUAUAAUUUUUUCAUAGGUUGUAGAGAAUAAGAGUUGGCACAAUGCUGUAAGUGUUAUGCAUGCCCCCUCCAGGUUGUAAAAUAUAUUUGGGUGCCCUAAAUCCUCUGACAUGGUGACUAGAGGACCUCUUGUAUUGUAGUCCAGCCUUGUUCUGAUUCUCUAAUGCAUGAAGGUUUGAAUCUCAUCUGGUUUUCUUC